AUGGACAUGCUUUCAACAGUUUGGGGGAAAAAGAACAAGUGGUUAUGUUUUGCAAACAUGAAGAUGAGCCUGAGUGUUGGAUUAAGAAAAAGAUUAAGAGAUGGCUUUGUGGAGAUCUUCCGUUCAGGACUUCAUUACUCUGUACCUUCCUGUCACUACGGAAAUCAACCGUCUACCUAUGGGGUGAUGGCAGGUAUCAAGCCUGCAACUCCAGAGAUGCUAUCAGCAAGUCUCUCUCAGAGCCGCAUUUUACAGACAUGCAGCAUGCCACAUCCCAACAUAGUCAAUGGUGUCAGCACAUUGCAAAGCAGCCUGACUCCUUGCCUUUAUAAAUUCCCUGAGCACGCCCUGAGUGCCAGCUCCUGUGCCCUGGGCCACGGCUUCACACCCAUGCACCAGUCCCUUCUCGGCGACGAUCCCACAGCUGCAGACUUCAAGCAGGAAUUCCGCAGGAAAAGCAAGUCUGUUGAAGAGCCUAUUGACAUGGACUCCCCUGAAAUCAGGGAGCUGGAGAAAUUUGCUAAUGAAUUCAAACUGCGGAGAAUUAAGCUGGGUUAUACGCAAACCAAUGUUGGGGAAGCACUGGCUGCUGUGCAUGGCUCUGAAUUCAGCCAAACUACAAUUUGCCGGUUUGAAAACUUGCAGCUGAGUUUCAAGAACGCAUGCAAACUGAAAUCAAUACUGUCCAAGUGGCUGGAGGAAGCAGAGCAAGUGGGAGCUUUAUACAAUGAAAAAGUUGGAGUGAAUGAGCGGAAGAGGAAGCGCAGAACCACCAUAAGUAUUGCUGCCAAAGAAGCCCUAGAGAGGCACUUUGGAGAACAAAGUAAGCCUUCUUCUCAGGAAAUUAUGAGGAUGGCUGAGGGGCUCAAUCUUGAGAAAGAAGUUGUGAGAGUUUGGUUUUGCAACAGAAGACAAAGGGAAAAAAGAGUGAAGACAAGUUUGCAUCAGAACGCCUUUAGUUCUAUUAUCAAGGAGCAUCAUGAGUGCCGGUAAAUCUUUUUCAUGCAUAGUUGUGGAUUUCUAUUUUGCUUUUUGUAAAUAUUUCAAGUACUUUGCUGUUUAAAAAAUAAAAAUAAAAAUCAGUAAAUCACUUGAUUCCCUUACAAACUAGCCAGCUUCAGCUGCAGUGUAGUGCGGAAGACCUGAUUUUAAUGUAAAAGGUUGGGACCAAAUUAAAUGUUACAGCAUAUAUUUAAAGACUGGGAGGCCUCUGUUUAACUGCAAGGAACCUGUUAUGCAUUACACAACCGGAAAUGCUUUACAAGUUGCCCAGGUAGUUGCAGUUUCCCUGUACCGUGCCUUCCUUGCAUCUGUGCUACAUUUAAUGAUUAACAGAGAGCCCCAUGUAGGUAAUCUAAGCAUGAGGAAACAAAUCCUUUGCGUUACACAUGAAGAAAGGUUACAAAGCUUGGUAUCAGCCGCUGUUGUUUUGAAAUAAUUUUGCCUCUGCACAUUGAUGUAAUUGCUUUACCCUGCACCCCAUGGUAACUAGCUAAAUCUGUGAGACUGUGAGCCUGCAGUGUCCCGUCACCAGCAGUGAACACUGAGUUCAAUAAAUUGAACAUGAAAAAUAAGUUAGAACCUCGAGAAAGAGGAAAAGGUGAAUAAGUGACCUUAAACUUGUGGUGGUGGUGAUGUUGACUAUCUAGUUAUGGCCACAGAUAGAAAAUACCCACAGGAUCUUGUGGGACUGCCACUAGUUGUGAGCGAGCCAGGAAGGCAAGCAGUGGAGCGCCAGGUGAGGACAGAAGAGCUGCUUUUUGCUAAACUGGCUGAAAUCCAGGUACCAACUCACAGAAGCUGCACGCCUCAGACUGAACCAUUUCAGGUAACUUCCUUGUGUCUGUUCAGAGUGAAGACAUGAAAGAUGUGCCAUAAUUGCUGUUUUUAUUCAUGGUGCAAUAAGUUUACCAGUACCGAGGUGUCAACACAGCCCCUAACGCUUAAUGUACCACUUGACUGCCUUAAGCAGAUACCAACCAUAAAUGACCUUUUUCUUUAUGCUAGUUAUCAAAGGUAUUUCUUGCUAUUUGAUUGUGUGCCUUAAACUGUAUAGCUGUAUUUAGCUAUGAAAAUUGGGAAAUAAUUUAGAAACAAUUUACCUUACCUUAUGACUUUGUGGCUUGAGGGGGGGGAAAACUAGAGGAUUUUUUAUUAUUAUUUCUUAUUUUUUUUAGUGACUUUGUUUUUUUUUCUGCAUUGUAUUUUUUUUUUUUUUUCUGAUUAAAUCUUU